AUGAAAGAAAAUGAUCUCAAUCCUGCCAUUAUAGCUUUUCAACCAACAGUGCCAGUGCUGUGCACAGACAUUCCAGUGUUUGACUUUUAUUGUGAAGAUAUCUUUCUCCAAGUGGAAGUCCGCAUUCCACAACAGUGGAAACAAGCACUGUGUCCAUCAGAGGGUGGAGUUAGUGAAAGACAGGAGGCAGUGGUGGAGGCAUGUGGUAUACAGAUAAAUGCUAAGCACUGGAAUAAAAUUGUCACCUUGAAAAUAGCCCCAGUCAUAGAUGGAAUAUAUGAUGGAGACCAAAUCACCAAAGUGCUGCUGUCAACAGCUGAGUUUAAUGUUCAUCAAGCCUGGAGCAACUACAGACUACCAGAUAUACCAAUAUUGGUGGUUGAUACAGAUAUGACUUUAAAAGGACUAGUGUGUAUGGCAAACAGUGACCCACACAUGAUGACCUUUGAUGGUGUUCGAUAUGAAUGCCAGCUUCCCGGAGAAUUCAUAAUGUAUAAACACCAAACUCUGCCAAUCCAGGUGCAUGGUUUCUUCAAACUGUGUAAUAAUGGACGUGCUUUUUGUCCUUGUGCUGUCACAGUCAUGUCUGGAGGUGAUCUGUUUAUUUUUGACAGAUGCAGAGCUGGAACAGGGUCUGAAACAACUAAGGGCAUAAAAAAACCAAUGCGUUCAGGACUUUUGGGUUGUGAACAUGGACAAAUGAGAGUGGAGUCAUUUAAUAAUGCAAAAGAUUUUAAG